AUGGCGGCCCCCGCAAGACCCAACAAGUGGUCGGCCACCGCUUCACCGAAAGGGCCUUCCACACCGUCAUCGGAUAGCGGACGCUCACUGCGCCGCUCACCCCAGAAGCCCCAGACUCCAGGCCGCGCCACUCGCUCAUCCGCCGCCGCUAACGAUCCGUCCUCGGACUUGGCCUCCCAGAGUAAACCGCAGACACCAGUGCCACCGGCCUCGCAGCCGCCCAAGAAGCGCAAACCCGUCUUCGUCUCGUGCGUCAACUUUCCCCAGGGCGGCCCAGUGCCGGCGCCAGUCGUCAAGACAGAGCAGGAGCUGCAGCGCAGUCAGCGCAAGUCGAAGCAGGACGCAAUCUCAAAGCUGGACCGUGCUGGCACACCAUCCACCACCCCUGUCCCUACCGGCCCAGCUGCAACGUCCUUUGUGCCGCCACCACAGGCGCCCGCGGGCCCAGGUGUCCAGCGCAACCCUCUGAAGCGACCGCGGGUGGUCAACCCACCCUUUGACAUCAACUCUGUUCGUACCUCGGCGCCGGCGUCUUCCAGCGAAGAACCACGUCUGUUCGACCUUCCCACAUGUCCAUCUUAUCAUCCCACAGCUACCGAGUUCACAAAUCCCAUGGCAUACAUCGAGUCUAUUGCCCCCGAGGCCAAAAAGUAUGGCAUCUGCAAGAUCAUCCCGCCAGAAGGAUGGCAAAUGCCCUUCAUGCUCGAGACCGACCAUUUCCGAUUCACGACUCGCCUCCAGCGCCUCAACUCGAUCGAAGCUGCAUCCCGCGCCAAGAUCAAUUUCCUUGAGCAACUGAGCAUGUUCCACAAACAGCAGGGGGACGCUACGGCGUACAUUCCAAGAAUCGAGCACCGCCUAUUGGACCUCUGGUCGUUAAGGAAAGAGGUGAACAAGGUCGGUGGCGUGGACGAGGUCAACCGUCUCAAAGCGUGGGCAAAGAUCACAGUCGACCUCGGAUAUCAGGCUACAGCGACACCACAGGUCAAGGCUGCGUACCUCAAGAUAGUACUGCCGUUUGAAAACUGGGCACUGCGGGCAAAGUCGUUCCCAGAAUCGCCACCCGGGUCUGCACCAGGAAGCGCGAUUAAGACCGCCCGCAGCACCACCCACAACAGCCCAUCCACUCCGACCGCCAACGGCAGGAUGACGGGGAUGCGGACUUCCCCUCGCUCCCGCGGCUCACACUUGACCGCUAUGACCGCAGGCCCUGAAGCGGGCCCUUCCUCAGCAGGCCGCAACGGUGCACUCGCGACCCCCGCCAAGAUCAAACUCAAGGUACCCGGCUUCCACACCAGCAGCCACGGCAGCGACAGCGAGCUAAGCGAGGAAGAGUCGUCACGCGCAUCCACGUCAGCAACCCCAGACGACCCGCUCAAGUACGAGAAGGGCGAUGUCUGUGAGAUUUGUGGGGUCGGCAACCAUGCUCCAAAGAUAUUGUUGUGCGACGGUUGCGACAGAGGGUUCCACACGUACUGCCUGGAUCCACCAUUGGCAAGUGUGCCCGAAAACGAAUGGUACUGUACUGCUUGUCUCCUCGGCAACGGCGACGAUUAUGGCUUCGAUGAAGGCGAGGAGCACUCAUUACCGAGCUUCCAAGCUCGCGAUGCGGCGUUCACAGAAGAGUGGUUCACCCGCUAUGCCCCUUCCCGCUCCGCGGCCGGUCCUUUGACGCGCCAGAUUGGCACUUCAAGUGUCUCGGAGGCGGACGUCGAACGCGAGUUCUGGCGCCUGGUCGAGAGCCAAGACGACACUGUCGAGGUAGAGUAUGGUGCAGACGUUCACUCGACAACGCACGGGAGCGCGGCUCCCACAUUAGAAACCUUCCCCAACCAUCCGUACUCGAAUGACCAAUGGAACCUCAACAACAUGCCCAUCGUCCAGGACUCGCUGCUGCGGUACAUCAAGUCGGACAUUUCGGGAAUGACGGUACCCUGGAUCUACGUGGGCAUGCUCUUCUCGGCAUUCUGCUGGCACAACGAGGACCACUACACUUACAGUGUCAACUACAUGUUCUGGGGCGAGACCAAGACUUGGUACGGCAUUCCAGGCGGCAGCGCGGACAAGUUCGAGGAAGCGAUCAAGCGCGAGGCACCAGAGCUCUUUGAGCGCCAACCAGCACUUCUUUACCAGCUGGUCACGAUGAUGAACCCCGGCCGCUUACGCGACCAGGGCGUGGACGUGUACGCCUGCGACCAGCGGCCAAACGAGUUUGUCAUCACCUUCCCGAAGGCUUACCACUGCGGGUUCAACCAUGGUCUCAACUUCAACGAGGCGGUCAACUUUGCACUGCCAGACUGGCUCAAGGAUGGCCACGAUUCGGUCAGGCGCUACGCCGAGCACGCCAAGCCGCCCGUCUUCUCUCAUGAGGAACUCUUGAUCACCAUUACUCUCUACACGGACACCAUCAAAACGGCUCUGUGGCUCCAGGACAAUCUGCGCCGCAUGCUGGACGAGGAAUCAUCUGGGCGCCGCAAGCUGAGAGAGCAAUUGCCAGGCAUCAGCGAGGUUCUUCACGAGGAGGACGUUCCGGAGGCACAGUACCAGUGCUGCGUGUGCAAGGGCUUCUGCUACUUGUCGCAGGUAACCUGCACCUGCACUGACGCCGUGUCGUGCCUUGACCACUUUGAUCUCCUAUGCGGCUGUGCCGCUUCGAGCAAGACUUUGCGAAUGCGGUACUCUGAAGACCAGCUGCGGGAUAUCGUUGAAGUCAUCGAAGCUCGAGCGGCUCAACCCGAGGCAUGGCGACUCCGACUCGACUCACUGCUCGAGACAGCCCGUCCGCAGCUCAAGAGCAUCAAGCAGCUGGUCGCCGAUGGGGAGCGCAUCCCGUAUCCGCUUGAAGGCUUGGGCGAACUCCGCACGUUCUUUCAACGGGCCUCCGCCUGGGUUGAUCGCGCAACGGCCAUUUUCACUCGGAAGAGCACUGCUCGCCGGCGCAAAGGUCGUCAGAGCGUGCCGGCUCCGGUGGAAGACGACGACAUUGACCGCAGCCCGGCUGCGCUUCGCUCCCUCAUUGCGGAGGCCGAAACUCUUGCGUUCGACACCGCCGAGAUUGGCCAGCUUAGGCAAGUUGUUGGCCAGAUGGGUCAGUUCGAGCAGGACGCCACCGACAUUCUCUCCAAGUCUGACGACAACCUCCACUACGAGACCUGCAGGACCGCCUUAAUCCUGGGCGAGAGCCUAAACCUCGACUUGCCAAUUGUUUCGCAGCUCCGCACCGUCGUGAACCGCCUGCGGUGGUUCCGCAAAAUCGAUGAGGAGGUCGACGACCGCACCGUUCAGUACUCCGAUAUUCUUCACUUGCUCGAUGAGGCCACGGAGUUUGGCGUGUCUGACAGCCACCCACAUGUCAUCGAGCUCCAGCGCCUCGCGCAGCUCGGGCGCGAGUGGAAACAAGCUGUCGACACGCUUCUUGCGUCCAAGUCGAUCUCGAUUGACAAGGUAUCAGAAUUAAUCGAAGGUCACGAGUACACGCCAACUUCUGUGGAGACAAUGCGGCAACUUGAAAACAUUCGCAAGACUGCGACUGGCUGGCAGGUAUCGGCGGCGGGGCUGCUGGAGAGCCACGGCUCAGCUGCGAGUGCGCAACGCCUCGUCAAAACUGUCAAUACGGCCAAUGGUGCUCUCCGUCGCGUCCACAUCCCUGAGGUCAAGCAGCUCGCGGACGAGCUCGAACACAUCGACGAGUGGCUGCGCUCAAUUGCCAAGACGCUCAAUGUCUCCGAGAAGAAUGUCCACCAUUCGCUCAAGACUCUGGUGAGCGAGAUUGAGGACCAUUUGGCAGAGGAUGACGACGCCCCAAAUGACGAGCACGCGUGUUUCUGCCGCUCCGCGCCGACCACGAACAUGGUCACCUGCCCGAUCUGCGAGGGGGCAUACCAUCCGAAGUGCGUUGGUAUCACCGCCAAGUCGGCAGCGGGAAUCAAGACGGCUUCUGAGACGUUCCGGUGCCAGAUGUGCGUCAACCUCCAGUACGAUGACCGGCCGUCAUUCCACAAGCUCGCGCUCCACGUGGACCCCUUGAAGUAUACGUUCGCUCUGCAUCCGCCCGAGUGGGGCAUCAUCAAGGAUGCCUUGGAGCACACGCUCCGGUAUGCGGGACUGGUCAUCAAGCUCAUCUCCUGGCCCAACGCUCUCUCUCGCAAGGAGGGGCCCGAGAUCAGCCAUUUGCUUCGCAAGAUCUGGACCCUGCCGAUCCAGCUCGAUGCCUGGAACCACGACACCAAUGACGAGGUUGUAUUCGAGCACUGGCUGUAUCAUCGCCUGCGCGAGGUUACUGACACGGCCGGCCUUCCCAAGACGGCCGCUAAUGGGCGGACGCGCGCGCGUAAGCCGCGCUUCGAUUUCGAGAACACCGCCGCCCACGAGUUCCACUGCAUCUGCACCACCGAGCCGCUCGACCACCUCCUGACCGUGCAGUGUGGCAGAUGCGAGCAGAGCUUCCACCUCUCGUGCGUCAAGGCGCCGCUCAACCAGGUUCAAAACCCCUCACGCGGUGGCUGGAAGUGUCCCUUCUGUGUUGUCAAGCAGGGCAAGCCAGCCGUGCGCGGCCUCGACCUUCGUGUUCAGAUGAAGGACAAGAUUGGAACCAACCAGUACAUUGACUGGCGGCAGUCGAUAUUCGUGUACUCGGAGACGCCCAUAACUUGCACACUCCCUCCCAACCCCGACGCCGUCACCCUCAUUGCCACGCAGUAUCACGGUCCUGCCUUACCAGACAACUUUGAACGCCCGACGUGGGUACAGGACAGCGGUGAAGGCCGCAAGCGGCGCAAGACCGACCCCGGUGCAGGUGCAGGUCCGCCUGCCGCUAGCCCGCACCUGCGCCUCAUCCCACCACUGGCGCCUGCGUCUACGCCUGUCCAGUCUGGCCCGCAACCACCCGGCUACGCGCCGCUCAUCCACCCGUCCGCGACAAACGGUCAGCCCGCAAGCCCAGUCGUCCCCCCGAACCAGCCAGCGCAGAACCAGCGCAACGGCGGGGGCGUGUUCUACGCGACCCACAAACAGGUACCAUGGAACGACGCGAACAUGUUCUCGUCGUUCCAGUUGCCCAUCAACCUGGCCGGACCGAAGGGCGACAUUGCAAACGGCCACCCCGCCCCGAUGAGCCCUCGCCCACCGCAGCCGGCGCCUGGCCCCUCUAUGUCCAGCAUGCCCGUCACCAUUCCUCCACCCCCUCCUUCCGUGCUCGCCACCGCGCCGUCCGCGUACGUGAACGUCGUGCCCGCCAAGCGCGACUUUCCCAACCCCUCCGGAGCACCGUCAGAGCGGUCCCCGAAGCGCGUAGCUCUGGCGUCUCCCCGCGCCGCCCAGCCACGUACAGAGUAA